AUGCUCGGCAAACUGGCGCAAAGCUUGCCCCGUUCGACGCUGUCGGACUCGCGCUAUGACGUCGUGCUCGAGUACUACAGGCGGGUGCGCCAGGAGCUCACAGUUGAGCUGCCGCUUGUGAGGCGCAAGUGGAAGCAAAUCGCGACAUGCCUGGCGUUUCAAUACGUGCACGGCAUCUUCACGCAGCUGGCGUACUUCAACCACGCGCCGCAGCCGGAGCCGCUCCCUGACGUCGGGUUCCAGGCGCUGCCCGAGCUCGGCCGCGAGAACCACUGGGCCUCCGAGACUAUUUUCGGCGCGCUGAUGGGCGGAACGAUCCUCUGGAGCCUCUCGCCGUUCGUGGUGCCGCGAAAACGCUUCUACACCGUCCUCCUCUACGCACGCGCCCUCAGCGUCAUCGUCUUCUGCCAGAUCCUGCGCAUCAUCUCCUUCCUCUCCACCAGCCUCCCCGCGCCCAACUACCACUGCAGAUCCGGCGAGCCAACUGCGCGGCCGCCGCCCCCCGAGCACUGGUGGGACUACAUAAUUGUCGACGUUAAGCGACAAUCCGCUUUUGGGUGCGGAGACCUGAUCUUCUCGUCGCACACGACCCUGGCGCUGGUCUUCACGCUCGCCUACACGACGUACGGGUCGUACCGGUGGAUCAAGGCCGCGGCCUGGGCCGCGUGCGUCGCCCUCUCCAUGCUCAUUGUCGCGUCACGCAAGCACUACACCGUCGACGUGGUGGUGGCGUGGUACACGGUGCCGCUGGUGUUCAGCCUGCUGCACCGCUCCUGGACGACGAAGCGGCCGCUCCUGGACGACUCGCCGUCCCGGCCGCCGUCGCCGGGCACCACCGUGGAGCUGCAGGCGAUCAAGGUGGACGCGAACGGCGCCGCGGGCGACAGCAGCGGCAACGGGAGCCUGUCCGGGACCAUCGGCGCGGACGCGAUGCUGCUGGCGCCGGUGACGUCCCCGCCGCGCAGCCGAACAGAGGGCGACAUGACGAAGCUCGGCGCGCUGGCGGGUGCGUCUGCGGUGGCGGGCAGCGCGGGGACGCGCAUGGUGAAGAUGCCGGGGCCGCACCGGGCGGCGACGGCGAAGGGGGCGCGCAUGGGUAAGGAAGGGAAGCACUGA